GAAGUUGUAGUGCUCAGUGUUUUGACGGUUUUAGCAUAAUAAAAACAUCCGCGGAGUAUCCAAAAUAAUUAAAUUUGAAUACUUCAGGUUUUGUUGAAGGUAAAGAAUUCAAUAUGACUGGGUCUGCAACAGAGUCAGUACCUGCUGAGAAAUCCUCAAACAAUCCAUUGGAACAAUUUGUUCUGCUGGCAAAAACAGCAAAAGGUGCAGCAGCCCUAGAACUGAUAAAACAAGCAAUGGAAACUCCAGGAGUUAACGUGUUUGGAGAACUCCUCGAUAUGCCCAACAUAAAGGAGCUGGAAGUCGGUCCCCAUGUGGAGUAUUGGAAUACUUUAAACAUCUUUGCUUAUGGCACCUAUAAGGAUUACCUCGAUAACAAGGAUAAACUGUUAGAGCUCACUCCAGCACAGAAGAAGAAGCUGCAGCAUUUAACCAUUGUCACAUUGGCUGAAAAAUCCAAAUGCAUUCCUUACUCGGUUCUGCUGGAGGAACUGGAUAUCAAGAAUGUGAGGGAUCUCGAGGACUUGAUCAUCGAGGCUGUCUAUGCUGACAUCAUUCAUGGCAAAUUGGAUCAGAAGAAUUCUCAGCUGGAGGUUGAUUAUGCAGGAUUAGGAAGAGAUGUUAGGCCAGGGGAGACUGGGGCUGUCGUUCACACUUUGGCGGCCUGGGGAGAAACUUGUGAUGCUGUUCUCGCUUGCAUUAAAAAACAAGUCAUUGAAGCUAAUACUGAAAAGCAUAAUGCCACGCAGCACAAGGAAAAAGUCCAGCAGAGUAUUUUUUCGAUGAGGAAGUCGAUUUUAUCACAAGUACAAGAGGCUGACAUUGCUGGUGGCAGCUCAGCUGGGGGCAGUGAGUCAAGCAGAGAGGCCGUUUCCAUUCCUCCAGAUUCGAAGAAAAAACAGCAAAAAGGAAAAGGGCUGAGGGGUAGUGGAACUGCGAAUGCUCAAAAUGGUAGCAUGAAGUGAUAACCACCGAUAAUUGGAUACAUCGAAUACAAUGAAUCCUGAAAAAUCGAAAAAAUGGGGCGGAACGAGUAAACGUUGUACAUGGAAUUUAUCAAAUAAUGAAUAAAAUUUAUUAUAAUUUUUUUAUUUA